AUGUCAGCAGACGAAACGGAUGCGAAAUUUCAUCCAUUAGAAACAGAUCUGCAAUCUGAUACAGCGGCUGCAACAUCAACGGCAGCAGCUUCACGCAGUCCCUCUCUUCAAGAGAAGCCCAUAGAGAUGCCCUUGGAUAUGGGAAAAGCGCCUUCUCCAAGAGGCGAAGAUCAACGGGUUACAAAUGAAGAAGAUUUGUUUUUGUUUAACAGAUUGCGGGCAUCACAGAAUAGAGUUAUGGACUCCUUGGAACCACAACAACAGUCACAGUAUACAUCUUCCAGUGUCAGUACGAUGGAACCAUCUGCCGACUUUACUAGUUUCUCUGCAGUGACUACUUUACCGCCUCCUCCUCAUCAACAACAACAGCAACAACAGCAGCAGCAGCAGCAGCAGCAAUUGGUGGUUCAAGCCCAGUACACCCAAAAUCAACCAAACUUGCAAAGCGAUGUUUUAGGAACCGCUAUAGCAGAGCAACCAUUUUAUGUUAAUGCCAAGCAGUACUACCGAAUUUUGAAAAGGCGAUAUGCAAGAGCUAAACUAGAGGAAAAGCUACGAAUAUCAAGAGAACGAAAGCCAUACUUACACGAAUCUCGACAUAAACAUGCGAUGCGAAGACCUCGUGGUGAAGGUGGGAGGUUCUUGACAGCCGCUGAGAUCAAAGCCAUGAAAUCGAAGAAAAGUGGGGCUAGCGAUGAUCCUGACGAUAGUCAUGAGGAUAAAAAAAUCACUACUAAAAUAAUACAAGAACAGCCGCAUGCUACUUCCACCGCAGCUGCAGCAGACAAAAAAACAUAA